AAUCUCAAAAGAAGAUUUGACGAGUUUGAUUAUGUUUUGUGUAUGGAUGAGAUGAAUUUACUUGAUGCAGAACGUCUUAAACCUGAAGCUUCAAAAUCGAUCGUCAAAUUAUUUGGUGAGUAUGAUCCACAAGAUCCAUAUUUGGGCGAUAUUAAAGAUUACGAAUCAAGUUUUGGCCAGGUUACAAGGUACUCUCGAAAAGUCUAG